AUGCCGGGGCUGGUGGAUGAGGUGAGGGCCGAGAGCGGGAGCCAGGCCCCACCACUGUAUGAGGAAUACCGCCCGCCCCCGCUGGAUGCCAUCCGCCUGCCCAGGUAUGUGCUGUACCUGCUGCUGGCUGCGCUCCUGGUGGUGGCUGUGGCCUAUGCCAUCGUUGGGCAUCUCAUCAAGGACCUCGCCCACGACCUGGCUGACUGGGCCUUUGGCCCAAAGCCAGACCAGGAGGACGCCCCCCGGGAGCUGCGCCCAAGCCUGGAGGGUGAGGAUCUGGAGGAGCUAGACCUGCGGCUGGCCCUGGCCUGGCGGGGUGAUGAGGACAAUGGCGGGGGUGGUGAGGGGGCGCCUGCAGUAGCCCCCGCCCGGGCCCCCCACCGCCCCUCCAUCGCCUUCAAGGAACCACCCGCCCGAAGCUCCUGGAGGCUGGACUGA